ACAAAUACUAAGUAAUUAUGUUACUUUUGCUCUUUCAUAGGAGCCAAUCAAAUCCAGAGCACCCCAGCUCCAUCUUGAAUACAGGUUUUAUAAACAGUUGGGGAACUCAGAGGGUGUUCCUCAGGUGUACUACUUUGGGCCUUGUGGGAAAUACAAUGCCAUGGUGCUGGAGCUGCUGGGCCCCAGUCUGGAGGACCUGUUUGACCUCUGCGACAGAACCUUUUCCCUCAAGACAGUCCUGAUGAUCGCAAUUCAGCUGAUCACUCGGAUGGAGUAUGUGCACACAAGAAGUCUGAUCUACAGGGACGUUAAGCCCGAGAAUUUUUUGGUGGGUCGGCCAGGGACCAAGAGGCAACAUACGAUCCACAUCAUCGACUUUGGGCUUGCCAAAGAAUACAUCGACCCUGAGACCAAAAAACACAUCCCUUACAGGGAGCACAAGAGCUUAACAGGGACAGCUCGCUACAUGAGCAUCAACACACACCUGGGGAAGGAGCAAAGCAGGCGGGACGACUUGGAGGCACUGGGUCAUAUGUUUAUGUACUUUCUACGUGGCAGUCUACCCUGGCAAGGAUUAAAGGCUGACACACUGAAGGAGCGCUAUCAGAAAAUUGGAGAUACCAAAAGGGCAACCCAGAUAGAAGUGCUCUGUGAGAGUUUCCCUGAAGAAAUGGCCACCUACCUGCGCUAUGUGCGGAGACUGGAUUUCUUUGAAAAACCGGAUUAUGACUACUUGAGAAAACUCUUUACAGACCUCUUUGACAGAAAUGGCUAUGUCUUCGACUAUGAAUAUGACUGGGUCGGCAAGCCGCUGCCGACUCCAAUAGGACCCAUGCCUAGUGACACACCUCUGCAACCCAGCAGCAGAGACAAAGCACAACCACAGACCAAAAACCAGUCUCCAGAACCUAAAGGAAGUGAGUCCCAGCCCACUCCCAUGACCAACAGGGAGCUCCUGGGGUCGCACCUCACGGUCGAUAGGCUGGGGGGCUCUGUCCAGGUUAUGAGCUCAACCAAUGGAGAAGUGAAUACAGAUGAUCCUACGGCGGGACACUCCAACGCUCCCAUAACUGCCCCAGCUGAGGUAGAGGUGGCCGAUGAUACAAAGUGCUGUUGUUUUUUCAAGAGGAGGAAGAGGAAAGCGCUCCAGCGGCACAAGUGAGGAGGAACAUCUUUGAAACGUUAAGAUCAUCGGUGCGUUUCAAGUAAAAAUAAAAGCAAAUGACUUGAGCUGAGUUGUGGAGCUCCAUCUCAGAACAGAACUCACUGCCUCACUUUUGGCAUCUGCUCAGAGGACACACCUCAGUACUCUAGGCUCUGACACUCUUCGUAAGGAAACAAUUCAGUGGAACAAAUAAAUAUAUUUGUACAAUGUGGGACACCAGAAGAGACCUCAGUGGUCAGAAAUAAGAUGAUAUAUGUUAUGUGACUUAAACCCAGAUGGACUGUACUUGUAUUUUAGAUGACAUGCAUUUAAGAACUAAAAGGCAACGAGACUUACACACAGACAUCCGUUCACAUUGACACACUGGCUGGAUGAGUGAGUGAUGUGCUCCAUGGUGUUUUUGUUUUUUAUGGGAUCAAAGUAAGUGGGGAGAGACUGCUGACUGACGUAUGGAGAAAAGUACACCAGAUUCAGACAACCUUUGUAAAUUCUGUUGUUCCUUUUUGUUUUUGUAAUUUAAAAUGUUGAUUUUGAAGAUCUGCUCUCCCAGUUUUACUCAUGUUGUAGAAUGUGUGAACAUUUUUUAACCGCUCUUACUGUUUCUUUAUUUUCUCUUAUUUUGCUUUUUUUACUUCCUCUUUUUUCCUGUCAGUGUCGAUGUGGAUGAUGAUGAUGAUGAUGAUGUUGUAGCACAGUGGCUGGUCUCAGGUACUGUGGGAGAUGGAGAGAAAUGCAUUGGAUCUCUCCUCUGUGAAUUGCACUUUUGGGGGAAAAAGGCAAACCGUUUCCCAUUUCUGGCAUUGUUAUGAAUAGGAAACAGGAAAUUAAUAUAAGGCAGACGUGGGAUCAUUUAUACAGCAGGCUGGUCUCUCCCAAAGGGACAAAAGUGAUCCUCCCAGUCCAAAUUGUGCAUUUUUUGUAUUUCGCAUUAGAUUAAGUUACCUGGGAAUCAUAGUUUGUGCCUUUCCAAGUAAAACGUUUAACACUAAUGUGUCCCUCUCUACGAUUCCUAUCCAGGUCCUAUUCCUGUCCAUGGCCCUCUCAGAUUGUUUGUUCUCUACCGUGCGCUCCAUGCCAGUCUAAUGGAGCCUGUUGGCAUUUCUCAGAUUUCUUUUUCACUGUUGUAAAGUUCAUCAUAGCAAAGCUCCAAGAAGUUGCGAGUCUGUGGGUUUAUACGCAGUAACAGAGAUUGCCUAUCAGAAUGAGGAUGUGUAUUGUUUUACAUACCUAUUAAAUGUUGCUUUUCUUCUAUGCCUCAUAA